AUGGAACGGUUAAUUCAAGCAACAAUCAAUGCAUUAGGUUUUCUGGAAGAUGGUGUUUACUAUCCGGAACCGGAUUGCUUUGAAAGUAUACGUGAUUUGAUACGAUUCCUACGGAAUGAUACGGCUAUGGCAGUAGCACGACGUGUUUGCGGUGAGAGGAAUAUUGUCCGAUAUGAUCUAAUUCCGAUCAUGAAAUCACCAAACACAUCUGAUAAAUUAUUCGAUAUUGCAUUAAGACUUACAAUAAAUUUAUGCCAACCGGUUGCAUUAAUGUUUGGUGGACGACAACCAGAAGAUAAAGAAACUUGGCUAGUCCAUCAAGAAAUCGAAAAAAAUCUCAGGAACUCCAAAGAAGCCUUCGGUGAUGUUCAGUUGUUCAAAGCCUUUGAAAGAAAAGCUGCGAUCUAUUUUGCUCAAGACUGGUUGGAUAGAGAUGAGGAAACAAAACUUUUGAUCGAAAGGAUCUUUGCUUUAUCUCGUUAUGUUCUUGCUAUUGGUGAUACCGACUUAGAUAAGGAGCGCCAUCCACAAGAUAUGAACAGUCAUGAUCAAUUAGUUUUGGCUUUUCUGGAAAGUGGUUUUGGAAAGCUGCUUGUUGAAAUAUCCGAAAAUUCAGCAGAACGUGAUUUCCACUUGUGGAUUCUGGAAAUUUUCGCGAUGUUGUUGAAACAACACGAGGCAAAGGAUGUCGUGGAAGCUGGAAAUAUUCGCACUGCAGAAGAAAGAAAGAGGCAAGAGAUUGAAAUGCGGGAAGUUGUGGAACAGGAAACUGAGAAACAACUAAAUAAGCGCCGAUAUAUGUCAAGCAGGCAUACCGCUUUCGCUGGAUCUUACAUUUUGAAAGGAUUGAAAGCCAUCAAUAAGGAUAACGAUAUGGUUGUCAACAAAGUGAUAAAGAACUACAAUGAAAUUGAUCAUUUAAAUAAGCGGAAGAUAAAGCAUCGAGCUCCGAAAAGCCGACGACCAUUUGACAUUGAAACUAGUAAACAUAUUUCAGUCCUCAACGUGCGUGUAGUUUUGCGAUCCUUUUGCCUAGAAAUGCUACAAAAGUCGUACUGCCGCUUGAUAUGUGGAUGCAAAGAUAACGCCUUUUCUGGAAAACGAACUUUGGGACAAGAUAAAGCUGAUAUACAUUAUUUCAUUUUGAUGCAAUUCUCGUUGGAAUUCUGUCGUUUGGCUGAAUUAUCGCCUGAAUAUAUAAAAGCUUCACUCAGUGUAGAAGCGUUUCAUCAUGUUCAAACUCAACUGGACAAUUAUCUGGAAAAGGUAAGAAUAGAACGGAAAGAGGGUCGUGUUCACGGUUUACGCGCACAAUACGCCUUAGCUGCUUACAAGGAGCUGUUGCUUACGUUAAUAUCAAUCCAGAAAUCUGGAAAUGAGGAAUGGAAACGAGGAGUAGGAUCAGCUUGUUCGCAUAUAUUGAGAGUGGAAGAGUAUAGGGAUUUGUCGAGUUGUGUUAUCCGUAGAUUUAUGCCCGGUGUAUUCUCGAAAACUUUCUUGAAAAAUAUUGUGCUUGCAAACCAUGCAUACAUUAAUUUGAUUGAGAAGUUUUCCAAGAAAGGAAUGCUAUCAACUGUAGUUAAACGUCAAAAAAUGCGGCGACGAAAGUCAAAAACGAAAGAAAAGCUAGAAAGUAAUGCAGAAGAAUCAAAAGAACCAGAUUGGAAUUUAUGGGAUGAUAUUUGUGAAGAGUUGUCGGAUGUUAUAUUUGGUUAUAUUGAACCAACCGUCGAUAUUAGUGCCAUCGAUGUGCUUCUGAAUGUUGAAGAUCGAAUUCAUCAACAGUUUGCAAUGCUUAUGGUGCAACAUGCACUUCGUCAACGGCGUAUAGCCGAUGCUGUCGGUAUAUAUCGAGCAGCGCGUGAUUUAUGGCCUGCAGAUGGUGUAUUUGGAAAAAACGAUGUAGCACCCGAAGAUGAGUUCCUCGAAUUACGUGCUGUAUACUUUGUGGAUCUUAAAGAAGUUGAAGAAAAUUGGGAGAAAUGUCGAUUAGAAAUAUAUGGACCAGAGCUAGAUGAUGACACAAGAAACGAUACCUUAUUCAGUGAUGAACUUGAUGGCUUCGAUGAAGAGUAUGAGGAAAGAAGUGGUGAGUCCGAUGUUGGAAUAAGUAUGAUCGAAAAAGAAAUCGAUUUUCAUUUCGAUAGUUAUGUUGCAAAAUUCGCACGAGUGGAUGUUUUAAAAUGGUAUAUUUUCCUCCUAGCUGAUUUCGAAUCUAAUACAGCCGAAGUAAAUAAGGCAGUCUUGAAGCUUCUACAUCGAGUAGCGUUUGAUUUGAAAAUGGCUCCACGUUUAUAUCAGCUUUCCCUUUUUGUAAUCUUCAAACGACUUGCUGAGCGUUUCAAGAAUCAGUCAAUAAAUGAGAUCAAAAAAAGUCAAUAUUUUGAAAUAUAUCAAUUCGGUUAUCAUCUUUUACGACGAUUUUAUGCUGAUUAUCGAAAAAUUGGAUCCAAGUUGGUUCCGGAACUGUUGUUCUGGAAAGGUCCCAAGGAAUGUUAUGAAAUUGCUAAUGGAUAUGGAACGUUCGAAAUUAAGCCAGAUGGCUGUAAAGGCAAAGAAAUAUUAUGGCCUGAAGAGUUGGAUAAUGAAUUAAGGGCUCUUUAUGACGAAUAUUUAUUAUUUGAGGAAAAACCUAAAGAUGUUGACAUCGUUGAAUACAUCGAGCAAGGUUUGUCGCGACCUCGAACACGUCGACAAAUUAUUCGACAAAUGAAGGUGCUUGGAUUGAAUACUUUUGGUACUAGGGGUACUAGAAGAGAUGUGGAGAGAGGAAUCAAGUCAUCAGUUUUUACACCAGAAAUCGUCAGCCAAAUGCAUAACCUUAUCAACGAAUUUAAUUCAAGAACGCCUUCUUCUCGACCAGAUGAUUUGGUUAAUUUCAUUCGUAAUAAUCUGCCAGAAAAAUACACAAGAGCAAAAAUUAUCAAACAACUGCAAUAUGAGAGUAUACAUUACGAACCAUCAACAAGAAAGAAGCGUUCAAAAGCAUCGCAAAAGCUAAUUGGACAGGGAAAAUCAGGUGAAGAAAAGACUGAUGAGCUUUUCAAAGGUUCAGUCAUGCUGGGAUUUGGCCAUCCUUGUCAACGUGACAAUGAAUGUAAAGAAAGACAAAAACGAAAUAAAAAUAGAUCAACCACGCGAAUUUCACCAGAAGAGGAUCUUAAAUCCGACGACGGCAUUAACGAUUCAAAUAUUUUUGGAUAUACAAGUCCUAAAUCAAACGGAAAUGCUGGAGUUGAUGAAUCAUUUACGAUUUAUAAAACGGAAAGUAUCGUUACAAAUAACAGCGAUGACGAGGUCAUACUUGGGAAACGGGAACGAUCGAUGGCUAGCGACGCAUUGCUCUCCGACGACGAUAAUAUCAUUACAAAAAAGACGCACAAAAAGCGGAUUAUCGGAAGCGACUCUGAAUAAAUCUUUAAAUUAUAUGUUUCAUUUUGUUAGACAAAAGGCACUCUGAAAUAAAUGCUAUGUAUUAAUUUGCUG